AUGAAAACUUAUCUGCACACAGUCACACACUACAUUUAAAACGAAACGACAGCGUUGAGGUGUGUAUUAUCGUUAAUACCCAAGGUCGACAUAAGCAGUAAAAGCUGCGUUAAUGGAGGCAGAGGAGGGUGGAGAGUGAAUGAAUAUCGGUGAUGCCCAUGCCGGUGGCAAUAACAAUACCCAGAGGUUGCCACCAGUACCAGCACCAUUUUCACAAGCUAGGGGUGAUUAAGCACCAUUACAGAAUUCGUAUCUCCGCCUCAUCCUCAUUCUUGGGCAGUGGGGCAGCAGCCAGGAGAGCCAUGGCCACAACCGCCAGCAGCAGUAGCGGCGGCAGCGGUGGCGGUGCGUUCACGACCAUCAAAGAGAUAGUGACAUUCGAGAAGGAAAUCAAGAAGAGCAAAUUCAUCGCCAUAGCCGGUCCAAUCUCCGAUGAGCAAUCCGCCUUUUCCUUCCUCUCCAGAGUUAGAGAUUCGCGUGCUACUCAUAAUUGUUGGGCUUACAAGGUUGGAGAUCAAUUUCGGUCCAAUGAUGAUGGUGAACCAUCGGGCACUGCUGGAAAACCAAUACACUCUGCCAUUGUUUCUUCUGGGAUUGACAGAGUUAUGGUGGUUGUCAUCAGGUAUUUUGGAGGUAUCAAAUUAGGCACUGGGGGAUUGGUCAGGGCUUAUGGAGGAGUUGCUUCAGAAUGCUUGAGAAAUGCCCCAACUUGUCUAAUAAAAUCCAAGGUUCGGAUGGGUGUGGAAGUUCCUUUUGACCUUUUGGGUGCACUAUAUCAUCAGCUUCAAUCCUUCAAAGCUGAAGAUAUCACCCAAGAUUAUGAAACUGGUAAAGAUGGUAUUACCAUGAUUAGUUUCAAAGUUGAAUUUGACUGCGUUGAGAAAUUAGAGGAUGCGAUCAAAAAUAACUGUAGCCGAGAAUUAGUGUUCUACAAAUAGAAGUGGCUAUUUCUUGUCCAUUCGGUGUGCAGAGUUGCCCACACUUCUGAAUCCAUUAUGAUAUGUAACAAUUUUCCAUUUGUUUUCU